AUGCCCGACGAGAAAUUAAAGAGGAAGCCUAAGUUCACUGAGACUGAGCUUGACGCAUUGGUGGAAGGCGUUCAGGCAAAGAAAAAGACCGUAUUUAACAAAUUUACAGACGCUGUACAUAAUGAAGAGAAAAGAAUAGCAUGGCAGAAGAUAACGGAUAGCAUUAAUUCGGUCUCAAAAACGUUGAGAACGGCAGACGACGUGCGGAGGAAGUGGUCUGAUUGGACCAUUGUCACAUGGGAUAAAAGAGGAGUCGACAGCGCUGCUAGACCUUCAACUUACUCAUCGUCAGCUACGCUACAUUUUGAUGAACUUGACUCUCCGAAUGAAGAUUCUGAUUCUCAAGAGGUGCAAUGUUCUGAUUUCUUCGGCAGCAGUAAUCUUGGUGAUGAAGCUGAAUCAGAUAACCCUGCGCCAGCCAAACCAAAGUCCCCGUGGGCACGGCGAAUUCCAGAGGGAAAACCGCCGCUGUCUGCUGAUUCGUCCGCUACCACAACCAAACCAAAACCAAGUGCAGCCACUGGGACACCGAAGGGUAGCGUUACGAAAUCAUCGGUGAAACGUGUCGAAGUAACGGCUAAAUCCACAAGCAACGAUACAUCCAUGGAACUUGUGAAAAUCGAACGGGAACGACUCUCUGUUGAGAAGGAACGUUUAGAAUUAGAAAAACAACGACUUGCGAUUGAAAAACAGAAACUUGUAUUGUUGGAGAAAUUCCUCGCUGGGACGGAUAACAAUAACGAAACCAGCGACUCCCUAAUGGAUUUAUAA